AUGGGACCUUUCUUGCGCGGUGUUGAGACGCGCAAAUCCAUAAUCGCUACAAGACUUUCGGCACACUCAAAUACGGAAUUCGGUACAAAAUAUAAUGGAAAAAGAUGGUUCUCCGAAAACAAAAAUCAAAAGAAUACCGGUAGUCAAGAAGAGACCGGGAUCAAUCGAUUGAACGAGGGAGAUGAGGGCACCAAUAAUGCAUUACAAGCACCACUGAAACAAUUAUAUUGGCAAAGGUUUACGAUUCGGAACAAGAGAUCAAAUGCGAAGACCUUUUUUAAGACACCGUCAUGGAUGAAAAUGUCAUGGAAUAAAGAGGAAAAUUUGAAAGAAUGGUGGUCUAGUAAGCAUGCGACGGAGAAAUCCCAAAGUCAAGAAGCGUAUGGAGAUAUCUAUCCACUCGAAAUUCCAACCUCGAUUAAUGAACAAGAUGAGACAUCUGAUAGUUCUGACAUGGUGUCUCUCAUUCGAAGAGUAGGAGUUGGAUUGCCCCUCAAUCUGACUCAACGAAGGAUUCUUCUCAAGGAGGCCAAAAUGGUUGUUGGAUACAAAGAUGUGCUUAGAGCAGUUCAAAUACGAGAUCCGCAUGAGCUUCUUAAGGUUCUUGUUAAACUUUCUGAAGUGGAUAACUAUCAUGUGAAUUAUUCGCCUUUGCUGGAGAUUCCCCCAAAUACCUUCUCUGAAAUCAUGAGACUGAUGGAUCCCAAAUACUUCUUCGGGAGACAUAGGUCAUUACUAAAAGAUUUCCGUCAUGAAGAUUUACUUGAAAUGAGGAUCGAUACGGUUGAUUAUAACGGAACUCAUCGCGCCUACACUGUCUAUCUCUGGCACUUGCAUCGGAUUAUUAUGAAACGUCAGCAGAGACACCCGCUACAUCUUUCCGAGUACAAAAUGCUCCUUAAAGCUGCGAAGUUUACAGGGAAUCAAGCAGUAGCAGAUCUGACAUGGAAGGCUUUGCUUUCUAAUCGGCAUCAGGUUACACAAGCGAGAAGAGUUCUCCCAGAUGUGGAAUGCUUCAAUUAUUAUAUGGCUACUAUGUGUUGGUCGGACGUUCUAAGUCCUUUUCAUUCUGAGAGACUGAGAGUCGUGCCUCAUUAUAAGGAACUCCGUCAGUUGGAUGUCAUACCUUACGCACUCAAUCGACACCGAUUAGGCCCCGACAAUGGAAUAGGCAUCUCAGUCUCUCGAUUAUUUCGAGAAAUGGUAGCAAUAGGCUUGAUGGGGGAUGAGGAGACGUUUUGUUUGUUGAUGGUUUCGGCGAGUCGAGAGGGGGAUCUUAAGACUGCUGAAACAAUUCUUAAGCGGGUAUGGAAUAUUGACACCGAGUCGAACAACAGUGUUAACUCGAAACUCGAUAUACUUCUUCCAGACUCUCCAUUGUAUCCAUCCAAGAGACUAUUUCGUACCAUCACCCACAUCUACUGCAUAAACAACGAUUUACCAAUGGCUCUUCGAGUGAGUGACCAUGUAUCACGAAAAUAUUCCAUUAAAAUUCCUUUAGAGACUUGGCAAGACAUAAUCGAGUGGACCGCAGUCUUUGCUAAGAAACGGGGAAGUGCUCUGUAUCGAGAGAGAGGAUUUGACGAAGGGAUAUUACCUCCGGCUGGCAUGAAUGAUGUUUGGAGGAACAUGAUUUCGGAACCUUAUAAUAUUAGACCUACCCUCCCAAUGUACAAUAUCUAUAUUCGCAACCUUCUCUCUAGGCGACAAAUUGGAGAAGCGCAGGGACAGAUUGCCGAAGCUCGUCGACUACACUACAAACUGGCUCGCGAAGUACACCGUUACAGAAUCUUAUAUGAGAACAGUUUGAUGCGACGAAAUCCCGACUCUGCAGUAACAAACAUUCGCCAAAGAAACUUUACCUUCCAGCGCCUUAGAUUGAGGACUAGCAGGAUGUACAUGCGACAAUGGAUCAAUACCCUCAUCCAUCGCCCAGCGGAAUACUUAUCCAAAUAUCACGUCAAUUGGGCCGUCCAAGAGAUUCCCACGAUAAUCAAAAACUACAAGUCUUUUCUACGAGGUACAAUCGCGUAUCAAACAUAUACAGGUCAUGUCCAACUGAAAACUGGAACGCCGCAAGCAACUAAAUUCAGGAUUUGGAGGAGGAGAUAUGGAAAUACAGGACCGAGAAAGAGACGAUUAAGGAGAUCGUUGAAAAAGCUGCUGAUGAGAAAGGAAUUUCGUUAUAAUCGGAAUAGAACGGCUGCGGGUGGAAAAUUCCAGUUGGCGGCAAAGAUCGUGCAGAAUCAUAGGGCGGGUGUAGAAUAA